UAUCCCGGAUAUGCUAAACCGGAAGGAGACGCUCACCCGGAAGUUUCGUUUUCUCCGUUAUAUUUUGGUGACUUACCGGCAUGUAUCCAGUGGUGGUGGUCCAUGGCGGGGCGGGCCACGUCCCAAAGGAGCGGGCAGAGCUCGCCACCGCGGGUGUGUGUGCCGCAGUGCGGGCGGGUUACGCCGUCCUGCAGGGAGGAGGCAGCAGCAUGGAUGCUGUGGUGGAGGCUGUGACCCAGAUGGAGAAUAACCCCUCCUUCAACGCAGGCUGCGGGUCAGUGCUGAACAUAAAGGGGGAGGUGGAGAUGGAUGCCAUUGUGAUGGAUGGGAAAACUCUGGGAAGUGGUUCAGUGUCCUGCGUACGCGACAUAGCCAACCCCGUCCAGCUAGCUAGACUGGUGAUGGACAAGACCAGUCAUGUGUGUCUGACGGCCGAGGGUGCCAAUCAGUUCGCCCGGUCCAUGGGAGUCCCCGAGGUGCCGAUGGAGUCCCUCAUCACAGAGUACGCCCGCAUGCGCUGGAGAAAGAACCUGGCACCUGAUGCCAACCCCGUGGAGUGCCAAAUGGGUAAAAUGGGCACGGUCGGAGCCGUUGCAGUGGACAGUGAAGGCAACGUGGCCUGUGCGACCUCCACUGGUGGAAUGCUGAACAAGAUGGAGGGUCGAGUGGGCGACACGCCGUUAAUAGGGAGUGGAGGUUAUGCUGACAAUCAGACAGGAGCAGUGUCAACUACAGGCCACGGAGAAGCCAUCAUGAAGGUUACACUGGCCAGACUCAUCCUGUUUCACAUGGGGCAAGGUCAGACUGCAGAGGCUGCCAGCGACCUGGGCCUGGCCUACAUGAAGUCCAGAGUGGGGGGGCAGGGUGGGGUGGUGACGGUGGACCCCCAGGGCCACUGGGCCGCUCGCUUCUCCAGCCAGCAGAUGUGCUGGGCUGCAGCCCAGAGAGACAUCCUGCACCACGGGCUGAACUCUGGAGAACACCUCACCCAGAGCAUCGUUCCUCCCUGAGAGGAAACAUCUGACUUCAGAUCAGUUUAUAUAAAUUAAUACCAAUCAGAUCAGAUACCGUCCAACACGCUGCUUUUUUCUACGCAUUAAAACACAAUUCAUAGAGUCAGGAUGGAGGAUUGUGUUCUAGUUUCCUGAUAUGAUUGAAAGGAAAACUUAUUUUGUAUGAGAUUCCAAUCUAUUAACCUGCUAAUCAAUCUAUAGAGAAAGAUUAAAAUAAAAUAAAUAAAUGUUGAACAAAAACAAGACACCUUAACAGAUUCAUGAAAUGAAAAUCUAUCUAUUUUUUUAAUCUAUUUUUUAAUUUUAUUUCACGUGAUCUUUAAAUGUUAAUGCAUGCAUAUCAGUUUAGUUCUUAUAUUUUGUGAUCAGUUUACAUGAAUGACCAGUUCUGCUACAACUGGAAGCUGCACUAAAGUUUGUGAUGAUUCUGAGCCUUUGAGACAGGAAACAAAGGCUAACAACAAUAAAUGUCUUAAAUUUCCUAACAGA